UGAAUAAAAGUUCAUUGUUCGAGGGAUUUUGUGAGUGUAUUUUCCUUGAGAAAAAGACAAAUAAUAUGGUUGUAUUAUUGAGCCACUUUACAGAUACCACCAAAGGCAACUUGCUACUGCAAUUCAUCUCUUGUAAGAAUUAUUAGAGAGAGAGAGAGAGAGGGAGCUCUUCCUUCUUCCUUCAAACAUUCAAACCUUCAUCCAUUUCAUUUCAUUAAACCUUUUCUCUAACUUCUCCUAAUACGUGAACUCGGAAAAUAUAUCUUUGUUGAAAUCCGAAUCUGAGAACUAUGACUCUCAUUUUUACCCCAUAAUGUUUGUUUCUUCUCUUGAUGAAGUCAGCUUUCAAUUUUAUUUAUGAUUGAUGAAUCAGAAAAUUGAAGAUAAUAAACAGGCAUAAGAGAAGACAAAAGUUAACUAACUGAAGUCUUGUACGGAAGAUGGCUCAAAAUGAAAUUGAAGAUAUGUUAGAUCACCUGAGAAGGAUCAAGAGUGGAGGUAAUCUGGAUAGGGUCAAGAUCAAUCGAAUUGAGAAACUUGAAAUGGUGUUCAAGUAUCAUCAUGUUCUUUUGCCUGAUUCCAUCGUCAAACUCAAAAAGAAGGACAAAUGGAUUGCGAAAAUGGUUCAGUGGGUAUUGGAUGGAAUUCCGGAUGAAUGUAAAACUAACCUUAAUUUAAGAAGGUUAGAAUUACAUUUGUUGGAAUUCUUUGAAGGUAAAAUCAGUUUAAGUUACAACCAUGAGUUGAAUGAUUCUGAUCUGUCGAAAUAUAUGGAUUGUGUUGGAAAGAAUCUAAAUGAUGUACUGAUGAUUUUACUGCAAAGGGCUAGGUAUGACCCUCCAGGAGAAAACCUCGAAAUCCACAGAUUUAUAAAGCAAUUAAAAAUUGUUCAAAAGAAAAUGAGAUUUUUGAGAUACUUAUAUGUUAUAGAGAUAAAUGGUUACGUCAACCAAGAGAAGUUGGAAUGUUUGGACACUCGAAUGCAUUUUAUGGCUUACAAUGUGGGACAACUUUGUCUUGCUAUUUUAGGUUACGAUAUUUCUAAUUUUGUAGAUGAUGAUGAUGAUGAUGAUGAUGAUGAUGAUGAUGAUGAUGAUGAUGAUGAUGAUGAGGAUGAGGAUGGGGAUGGGGAUGGGGAUGGGGAUGAUAUCUUGAAUAAACCUCCUUAUUUAUUAUUCUUGAUUAUCUUAGUAGAGCUGGAAAUGAAGAAAAUUUUUCUCGGUGAACUAAAGGCUUCCAAGUUUACUCAAUCAAGAACUUUCAAGGACAAGAAAUUACCAAAAGGAUUUUCUCAUCAUCUCCAUAGUCUGUUGAUGUAUCUUAGAAACAAAAAGCUUGAGAAAUUUCCUAAUAAUAACUCUCCUCAAAAUAUUGAUAUAGCAAUAGAGUUCUUGUUGGUUUUCCUUGAUGCUGAUGUCGGAAAUCAUGUAAUUAAUGGUAACUGGUUGAAUGAAGUUAUGGAAAAGGUUGGAGCUAUAGCGGGUGAUGUUCUAUAUGUAAUUCAAAAGCUUCUUCCUAGCUCUAUAAAAAAAGAUGACAAUAGCAAAAUAAGUCUUUGCUCAAUACAGAUAUGGGAGAAAACUAAAGAUCUGAAGGCACAAGUGGAGACGCACUAUAAAUCCUUAAAAUUCACUCCAUCGCAAUUCCCCACUGUUGGUGGAUGGAGCUUUCUGGAUUCUCUUAUGCGGAAACUGAAAGAGAUGUCGAAAUCUAAAUCUUGUUUAGAUUUCCUGAUGAAACCUCUUUUGGGGAAUUUGGAGAAAGAGCUAUCAGCUCUUACAUCCAUUUUAGAGAAGGAUCUGUCAUCUUUAUCAUCCAUUUUAAGCGAUGUCGCCAAGGUGCACCAUGAACAUGAAAUUCUUCAAGAUCUUCACAGGCGUACUAUCAAUUGGGCAUAUGAAGCGGAAGUUGCGAUUGACUCUAUUCUUGCUCAGUAUAAUGUCUUUUGGCAUAUUUUUUGCUCACUUCCUACAAUCUUAAAAGAAAUCAAGCAAAUUAAUGUGCAGGUGACUCAGAUGUGGUCAGCGGACAUUGCUCUUAAGCCUUGCUAUAUGGUAGCACCAUUUGAAUACUUCCCAACUCGACAUAUCAAUCCAGUGACUGAUGAGGAUAUAGUGGGUUUUGGGAAUGACAUAGAAAAAAUGUUUCAGUAUCUGAUUAGAGGUACAAAUGAUCUAGACGUUGUCCCAAUUGUAGGCAUGGGUGGACAAGGGAAAACGACAGUUGCUAGAAAGGUGUACAAUAGUGACAACAUUGUUUCUCAUUUUGAUGUUCGAGCAUGGUGCAUCGUUUCCCAAACAUAUAACCGGAGAAAGCUAUUACAAGACAUUUUGAGUCAAGUUACCGGUUCCAAGGACAAGGGGUAUGAGGAUGAUAUCCUUGCUGAUGAGUUGAGGAAAAGCUUAAUGGGCAAGAGAUAUCUCAUUGUCUUGGAUGAUAUGUGGGAUUGUAUGGCAUGGGAUGACUUAAGGCUUUCCUUUCCAGAUUCCGGAAAUAGAAGCAGAAUAGUAGUAACAACUCGACUUGAGAAAGUGGGCGAACAAGUCAAGUGCCAUACUGAUCCUUAUUCUCUUCCGUUCCUCACAAAAGAAGAGAGUUGUGAAUUGUUGCAGAAAAAAGUGUUUCAAAAGGAAGAUUUCCCGCCUGAACUACAAGAUGUGAGUCGAGCAGUUGCAGAAAAAUGCAAAGGACUGCCCCUAGUGGUUGUCUUGGUAGCUGGAAUAAUCAAAAAAAGGAAAAUGGAAGAAUCUUGGUGGAAUGAGGUGAAAGAUUCUUUAUUUGACCACCUUAAUCGUGAGUCGGAAGAAUAUAGUCUUUCAACUAUGCAGUUGAGUUACUAUAACUUAACCGACUGUUUAAAGCCUUGUCUUCUUUAUAUGGGGAUGUUUCAGGAGGAUGCAAUAAUUCGAGUAUCUGAAUUGAUAAGUCUAUGGAUUGCGGAAGGAUUUGUGCAGAGCAUUGAAUCUGGGAGAUUGUUGAUGGAAGAGGCAGCUGAAGGUUACUUGAUGGAUCUCAUUCAGAGUAACGUGGUAAUGGUUUCAAAUAGAAGGUAUAAUGGUAAGGUCAAAUACUGUCAGGUUCAUGACGUAGUGCUUCACUUUUGCUUGGAGAAGAGUCUAGAAGAAAAGUUUAUGUUGGCAGUGAAGGGGCAUGAUAGCCAGUUUCAACCUUUUGAAUGGAAGGAAAACCGAGUGAGCUUCAGUUUCAGUAAAGAGCUUUCCAAGUUUGCAUCUCUAGGAUCCAAAACACGGAAGUCUUUCCACCAACACUUGAGGUCACUGAUAACGAUAAAUAACCUAGAGUUAAUUGAUGGGAUUCCCUUCUGUCAGAUUCUUAAAUUGCGACUUCUUAAGGUCUUGAUUUUGACUUCCCAUGAAGUGGAUUAUUUGUCGUCAGCUACAUUCAAACCUCUAAAUCACCUGAAAUACCUCGCAGUUUGUGCAAAUAAGUUUUACUUUCAUCCAGAAUCACAUCUGCCCAAUCUUGAAACUUUAAUCGUAAAUAAUUGGGAAAAUGAAGUAGAGUUACCAGCGUCUUUUUGGGAGAUGGAAAAAUUAAGGCAUGUUAAGAUUUGGGAUGCUAAAUUUGAUUUGGAAGAGGAUAAUCAGGGAUCCUCCGAAUUGGAAAAUUUGAGGAUAUUACAGUAUGUAAAAUUUCCAAUUGAUGGAAGGGAUAGGGUGGAUAUGUUAUCAAGGAGGUGUCCAAAUCUUCAAAAACUGCACAUCAACUUGGAAUAUCGGGGCAGUAAUAAUUCGGCAGAUUUAUUUUGUCUCACAUUAGAGAAUCUUACUCAGCUUCAAAAUCUUCGCCUAACUGUUGAGAGGUCCAACAUUGUAUCUGGGUUACAAUUGCCUUCAAAUUUAAACAAGUUGGUACUAAGUGGGGCUCAUAUCGAAAACCUGAGUUCCUUCAUUGCAGGACUACCAAGCCUGGAGUAUCUCCAAUUUUGUGACCCCUAUGAAUCUGUUCAAAUCAGAGAUUGGUGCCUUGGAGGUAUCACGUUCCCUAAACUUAAGUUGUUGAAACUGGUGAACUUACCGAUCUCAAGGUGGGAUGCCUCAGAGGAAUCGUUUCCCCAGCUCGAAACACUUGUUAUAAAAAGGUGUAACCACCUCAAGGAGAUCCCCCUUAGCUUUGCUGAUAUUCCAACACUGAAGCAGAUUAAGUUGAUUAGGUGCGAGAACGAAUCUCUCAAGGAUUCAGCUGUGGAGAUUAAGAAAGACGUUGAAGAGAAUGAAGGAAACGACCGUAUUGACCUCAUUAUCAAAGGAUGGUAGGGAAUAUAAUUCGAGAUGAAACAUCAAAAUCACAGACAGAGUGGCCGGGGAAUAACAAGGCAAGAAGCUCUCUCUCAAGUUCACAAAUUUUCGCAGCAUUAAAAACUCAAAGGUUUUGAUAGUGUCUUAGAUAUAAGCUCAUUGACAUGAUACUUUUGCUGUGCACUCAAAAUUUUGAAGUUUGUUAUUGUUGAAUUAUUGUAAUUUGUGGCACCUAUUGAAAAAUUUUAAUCACAAACAUUUCUUUUUUAAUAAAAGUAACAUGAAUGAUGGUUUGCUCAUUCAUCAAAGUGUA